CAGAUCUCAACCCAUCAAUUCAAUCGACGGCGACGUCCACAGCACUCAUCAUGGCGGGCCACCACAAUCACCCGAUCGCGCUUGACCCGGCGUUGGUCAAAUACAACAACAUGUGGAUCAAUCGACACAAGUAUUUCAGAUGGACUGGACGAACUGCAAGAAUUACCUUUGCCUACGUCGUUGCUUUCCCAGCCUUGAUCGGCUACUUGGCAUACACGACAGACGGCAAAUGGGACAUGAGGGGCAAGCGGAGGGGAGAUACCAUUGUGGAGUACUAGGAUGUCACCGUAGGAUUUGGGAUGUACAUAUGAUAGGAACGGAAUGGAUCAAAUACUAG